GCUCGAAGAGACACGACGAUCACUUCGAGAAACGUGACACUCGUGACAGUAGUUUUGCAACGUUUACGAGAUCUACGACAGGGGCCGAAAGAAGAACGACCAUUCAGUGUAGGACAUACAUCGAGCAUAUUAUCGCCUCGUAUUAACGAUCAGGAGGUUUGUCUCUACGUACAACGCGCGAGAAUAUCAAAGGGCGCGGAUAUUACUACGCCGCACGUUGUGGAAGGAAGCAGAAAUCGAGUACUGGCAGGAAGUGGGUAGAAGGGGGUACGUCGUUGAGCUAGUUGAUUCGGUGGUGGCUACAUGUGGCUGUCCGCCGGUCGCGACAACGAAACAUUUCCUAUCAAGGCAUAAGAAGUUACAUUUCCCAACGGUAAUCGAUAGCCGAAAGAAGCUGAAGCCAUGCAGAUGGAUCCAACGACAGUACAACUUAUCCAGGUUCUAGAAAAAACCGUCUCCUCGAAUAAAAAUGAAUUGGAAGCAGCACAGAACUUUCUGGAGCAAGCAGCAAGAGCUAAUCUUCAUGAAUUCUUGCAAAGACUUAGCGGCGUGCUGGUUAAUGCCACGGCAUCGCCAGUUGCUCGCAUGGCAGCUGGCCUUCAACUUAAAAAUCAACUUACAUCCAAAGAUCCACAAUUGAAAUAUCAAUAUCAACAACGUUGGCUUGCCAUUCCUGUAGAAACGAGGGAAUAUAUCAAGAAAAAUAUUUUUGGGGCACUUGGAACGGAGAACAGUAGGCCUGGUUCUGCGGCUCAGUGUGUUGCAUACGUGGCAGUUGCCGAAUUACCUGUUCGUGAAUGGACCAAUGUCAUUCAGCUGUUAGUUAGCAAUGUUGUAAAUCCAAACAGCACAGAGAUAAUGAAGGAAGCAACAUUAGAAACAAUUGGUUACAUUUGUCAAGAUAUCGAAAGCGAUGUUUUGGUACCUCAGUCUAAUGAAAUUCUCACCGCUAUUAUUCAUGGUAUGAAAGGAUCUAGUACUUCGCAUCAUGUUCGUCUUGCAGCUACAAGUGCACUUUAUAAUUCGUUAGAAUUUACCAAAGGAAAUUUUGAGAUAGAGACGGAGAGAAACUUCAUCAUGGAAGUGGUAUGCGAGGCAACACAAUGUUUAAAUACGCAAGUUAAAGUAGCUGCUUUACAAUGUCUCGUGAAAAUUAUGUCCUUGUAUUAUCAGUACAUGGAGCCUUAUAUGGCCCCGGCACUCUUAAUUACUUUAGAAGCUAUGAAGUCAGAUAUCGAUGAUGUUGCACUACAAGGAAUUGAAUUUUGGUCAAACGUAUCAGAGGAAGAAGUAGAUUUAGCCAUGGAAGAGGGCGAAGCUACCGACGGUGGUCGACCACCAGUCAAAGUAUCGAGGCAUUACGCAAAGGGCGCUUUACAGUUUCUGGUACCUGUUUUGAUGAAAAAGCUUACCAAACAAGAAGAAUUCGACGACGAAGAUGAUUGGAAUCCCUCGAAAGCGGCUGGAGUGUGUUUAAUGUUACUAUCCACUUGCUGCGAGGAUGAUAUCGUUCACUUCGUUCUUCCUUUCGUAAAAGUCCACAUUAACAGUCCAGACUGGAGGUAUCGAGACGCAGCUUUAAUGGCUUUUGGCUCUAUUCUUGGAGGUGUCGAUACUGAUAACCUGAAGCCAUUGGUAGAACAAGCAAUGCCAACGCUAAUCGAACUAAUGUAUGACAGUAGUGUCGCAGUAAGGGAUACCGCAGCAUGGACCUUUGGUCGAAUUUGUGAGAUCAUACCGGAAGCGGCGAUCAACGAGGCAUACUUUGAACCUUUGUUAGAAGCCUUGAUAACCGGACUAAAGGCAGAGCCACGCGUUGCAGCGAAUGUUUGUUGGGCAUUUACUGGACUUGCAGAGGCUAGCUAUGAAGCUGCAGAAGUCGAGGGACAAACUCCAGAAACGUAUUGCAUGUCUCAGUACUUCGAUUUCAUCAUUCACAAAUUGCUAGAAACGACGGAUCGUCCAGAUGGAGUUCAAGCAAACUUAAGAUCGGCUGCUUACGAGGCACUGAUGGACAUGGUGAAGAACUCUCCGCGUGAUUGUUACGUGACCGUUCAGAGAACGACAAUGGUAAUUCUGGAGAGAUUGCAGCAGGUACUGCAAAUGGAGACACAUAUCCAGAGCAACACGGAUCGCGCCCACUACAAUGAUUUGCAAUCAUUGUUGUGCGCUACCCUGCAGUCCGUGUUACGCAAAGUUACACCGGAGGACGCUCCGCAUAUCUCUGACGUAAUAAUGACAGCAUUAUUGUCCAUGUUCAACUCGAAUUCUUGCAAAGCCGAGGGUGUACAGGAGGAUGCACUCAUGGCCGUUACGACUCUAGUCGAAGUACUCGGAGAAGGUUUCUUGAAGUAUAUGGAUGCGUUUAAACCGUAUCUCUGCCUCGGCUUAAAGAACCACGCAGAAUAUCAAGUUUGUUCAGCCGCUGUGGGCCUGACUGGUGACAUCUGCCGUGCAUUAAAAAGCAAGAUGUUACCCUAUUGCGAUGAGAUCAUGACUUUGUUACUGGAAAAUCUUAGUAACAACACGGUUCAUCGUUCCGUGAAACCACAGAUCUUCUCUGUUUUCGGCGAUGUCGCCCUCAGUAUUGGCCCGGAAUUCAAAAAAUAUUUAGACGUGGUACUUCAAACUUUGGCUCAGGCUUCCCAAGCGAACGUAGAUAGAAACGAUUAUGAUAUGAUCGAUUACCUGAACGAACUACGCGAGGGUGUCGUUGAAGCUUACACUGGUAUAGUACAAGGACUGCGCGGUGACACGUCGAAUCCUUGUCCAGAUGCUGCAAUUGCUCUAGUGGAGCCGCAUGUGCCCUUCAUUAUCCAGUUUAUUACGUCGAUAGCACAAGAUCGUGAACAUUCUGAAGGCAACAUUUCAGCUUCGGUGGGCUUGCUUGGUGACUUGGUAACCGUGUUUGGGGUAAAACUUUUGCCAAUGAUAGAGUGAACAAAAAAAACGCUCACGCAACUCAUAACCAAGGCUAAACGAUCACGUACUGAAAAGACCAAGGCUUUGGCUAAUUGGACAACCAAAGAGAUUCGAAAGUUCAAGAAUGUUGCUAACUCCACGUCCAGUUGAUCACCCCACGGUUGUCGUGCAAUUUAAUUUGACUAGAGAGCUAUCGAACACAAUACAAAGACAACAAGAUUGGAUGGUGCGGAUGCGAGUUGAUGGAUGUGCGUGAGUUUCGAAGCGAUGACGAUGAUGGGGUGAUGAGUCUGCACGUGUCCCUGCUCUGGCGACGGUAUUCGAGUACCGACACGUCGAGCGCAGCCCCAUAUGGUCGAGAAAAUAAAUACCUGUCUGCCGGAUGUCUACCGACAACGGAUGAUGAGGAAUGCAAGUGGAUGUUGCCGAUGAAUGAGCCAAGGCCGAAGCCUGCCGAGAUGUUCCGGUGAUGCAAGUAUGCCUGAUAACGAACCUGGGGCUUCUACCUGCGUGAUUGAGAAGUUGAACCUGAGGAAAGGACGACUACGAUGGACGGUGAUCGUGGCCAAUGUGAGAGAGAGAGAGAGAGAGAGAGCGAGAGAGAGAGAGAGAGAGAGAGUGAA